AUGGCUUCCUCAUCGGAGAAUCUCUCCCUCUUCGACUCCUGGAACUUCCGCCCCACUUUCCCCGACUCCUGGAUCUCCGAGGCCUACGCUCGCGACACCGACGCCCUCACCAGAGCCCUCCAGCAGUCCCUCUCCACCUCCCUCCCUCCUCCUCCUCCACCCCUCGACUACUCCUCCGCCGCCGCCGCCGGCGGCGGUGAGGAUUCUCUGAUUAACUCCCUCCUCCCCACCAAUUUCGCCGGGACGACCAGCAAUCCGGACACCCCGACUCCGAUUUCCUGCUCCUCCGACCCGCCCCGCCGCAGCACGAAUUCGACGACGACUUCCUCCGCUCCCGGCGCUACCGGGAAGGUCACCAAGCGGAAGUCGCGCGCCGCCUCGAAGAAGUCCCAGACGACGUUCAUCACGGCGGAUCCGGCCAACUUCCGGCAGAUGGUCCAGCAGGUCACCGGCGGGGUCCGGUUCACCGACGCCAUGGUCCCGGUUCUGAAACCGGAGCCGCACAGGCUGGGAGGCGGCGGCGGCGGUGGUGGUGGGUUGUUGCCGACGCUGGACACGUCAGCGUUCUUGCUGGACCAUCACCGUCAGAUUCAGCAGCAGCAGCAACAAACGGUUAGCGUCUCCGUCACGCCUGGUGGUGGUGGUGGUGGGCCCGAGGGCCCAAUGUCCUUUUCGCAGGCGCUGGUUGGUGAUGGGCCUGAUGGUGGCGGUGCUGGGCUCGAUUUUGGCACUUUCUCCAAUUUCCCUACUCUGGAGUCGUGGAAAGUUAUUUGA